CACUGUUUAUUAUAAAUAGUUGCCGCUUCGUACCGAAAUCUUUUGUAACAUUUUGUGCAGCCUUCUAACCGCGGCAUUACAUUAAUAAUUAACCAUUGCUCCAACUACGCAAAUUAGCAAAAAACUGAAAAUGUCUAAACCUGCCUACAAAGUUGCUGAUAUUAAAUUGGCCGAAUGGGGUCGCAAGGCUAUUAUUAUUGCCGAAAAUGAAAUGCCCGGUCUUAUGGCUUGCCGCAAGAAGUACGGUCCUACCAAGGUUUUGAAAGGUGCCCGUAUUGCCGGUUGUUUGCACAUGACAGUACAAACUGCUGUACUUAUUGAAACUUUGGUCGAAUUGGGAGCUGAAGUUCAAUGGUCUAGCUGUAACAUUUUCAGUACCCAAGAUCAUGCUGCAGCUGCAAUUGCUGCUACCGGUGUUCCCGUAUAUGCCUGGAAGGGUGAAACCGAAGAGGAAUAUCAAUGGUGCAUUGAACAGACUUUAGUCUUCCCCGAUGGCCAACCUUUGAAUAUGAUUUUGGAUGAUGGUGGUGAUUUGACCAACCUUAUCCAUGAAAAAUAUCCCCAAUAUUUGCAAGGCAUUAAGGGAUUGUCUGAAGAAACCACCACCGGUGUCCACAAUUUGUACAAAAUGUUCAAGGAGGGACGUUUGGGUGUACCAGCCAUCAAUGUCAAUGAUUCUGUAACCAAGAGCAAAUUCGACAACUUGUACGGUUGCCGUGAAUCCUUGAUUGAUGGUAUUAAACGUGCCACCGAUGUCAUGAUUGCUGGCAAAGUAUGUGUUGUUGCUGGUUAUGGUGAUGUUGGCAAGGGUUGCGCUCAAGCUUUGAAAGGUUUCGGUGGUCGUGUCAUUAUCACUGAAAUUGAUCCCAUCAAUGCUUUGCAAGCUGCCAUGGAAGGCUAUGAAGUUACCACUAUGGAAGAAGCCAGCAAAGAAGCUACUAUUUUCGUUACCACCACUGGCUGUGUAGACAUUAUCACCGGUGAACACUUCUCAAACAUGAACGACGAUUCUAUUGUCUGCAACAUUGGACAUUUCGAUUGUGAAAUUGAUGUUACCUGGUUGAAUACCAACGCUGUCGAAAAAAUUAAUGUUAAGCCCCAAGUAGAUCGUUACACCUUACCCAAUGGUCGUCAUAUUAUUCUUUUGGCCGAAGGUCGUUUGGUCAAUUUGGGCUGUGCCCACGGUCACCCCAGUUUUGUUAUGUCCAACUCUUUCACCAAUCAAGUUUUGGCCCAAAUUGAAUUGUGGACUAAAUCGGAGAAAUAUGCCGUUGGUGUUCAUGUGUUGCCAAAGAUUUUGGAUGAAGAAGUUGCCAGUUUACAUUUGGAGAAAUUGGGAGUUAAAUUGACAAAAUUGUCGCCAAAACAGUCUGAAUAUUUGGGUGUCCCUGUUAGCGGUCCAUUCAAACCUGACCAUUACAGAUAUUAAGAAUUUAAACAUACAUACACAUUAAAUUUUAAGUUUAUGAUCUACUUGAAGCUUUUGUUUUAUCAAUAAAAAUUUGCAAAUUUUUCUUUUCUAAUAAAAUAGUAUAUUGACAUCUGAGAAAAUAAUAAA